UGCACAAAUUUAUUCACAUCAGUGACGUCACUGGAAAAGCCCAGAGAAGGAACUGUCAAUUUUUAUCCCCUAAACCCCUCUUUACGAUAUGGGAGGGUGUUUAGGUAGUCAUAGACACCGUGAUCACUCAUCCAGGGAGUCUUCAGAUGUUGCUGGAAUCUCAAUUGGUAGAAAUCAACCUUUGCGGCCUGAGCGACCAAAGUGGAAGAGUGAUGUGCCCUUGACAGAAGGUCAGUUAAGGAGCAAGCGGGAUGAAUUCUGGGACACAGCUCCUGCAUUUGAAGGGCGUAAAGAGAUCUGGGAUGCUCUGAAGGCAGCAGCAUAUGCUUUGGAGACAGGGGACCAUGCCUUAGCUCAGGCUAUUAUUGAUGGUGCAAGUAUAACACUGCCACAUGGAACAUUAAUGGACUGCUAUGAUGAACUAGGAAAUCGUUACCAGUUACCAGUCUAUGUGUUAGGAUCACCAACUAACCUGAUUGAGGACACAAGCGAAAGCGAGGCCGGCCAGGAAGCGGACAGUAACAACCUUCCUGGAAUUGAAACUGUGAUAAAAUUCCGACUUUCGUCAACGAACAAAGACUUAAAAUUGAAAGUUCGGACUACUGACACAAUGCUUAAGAUUAAGAAAAAGUUGUUCGAACUAGAAAAAGUUGAGCCAUCAAAACAGCGAUUUUUCUAUUCAGGAAAAAUGCUUAAUGAUAAACUCAAAAUUGAAGAUGUGAAAAUUCCAAAAGGUUUUGUGAUUCAGGUGAUAGUUACACCAUCGGAAACGGAGGAAGUUAGUUGAGGAUUACGAGGGUUAGAUGUUAAGGUUGUUUACAGCAUACGGCUGUUGUUUUAAUGCCUACGGUUACAUUGUACAUCUGUGGUACACGUCAUGUACAUCUAUGGUACACAUCAUGUACAUCUGUGGUACACAUCAUGUACAUCUAUGGUACACAUCAUGUACAUCUGUGGUACACAUGAUGUACAUCUGUGGUACACAUCAUGUACAUCUAUGGUACACAUCAUGUACAUCUGUGGUACACAUGAUGUAUAUCUAUGGUACACAUCUGUCCAGUUAUAAUAUGUACACACCGAUCAAUUGGUCCUAAUUUUAUUCAGAACAGUCAUAGACAUGUUUUCUUUAUUUUUUGGGGGGUAGUACAUGUAGAUAAGAUAAUUUGUUUUAAUUACAUUUGUAUCUUUUAUUUUUAACAAUGACCGAAUAUGUCUUAACUAUUAUUGUUAAGACUAUUUGUCAUUGAUUGUUUCAACCAAGGAAAUGUACUUUGAAGAUUUAAGUGUACAUUGUAUGUACAUGUACUUUGCAAUUGAGACUAGUUUUCGGGUAUCUGCCCAAAAUGAUGUCAUUUAAUGUAAACAUUGUUACAUGCUUUUAAUUCCAUUUUGUAUUAUUUUAUAGGAAAUUUCAAGCCCAAUUUCACCUUUUGCACUGUUUUUUCUUUUCUUUUUUUUUUUAAUUUUGCAUUUUUCACAAUAACUUUUAUUCUAUCACAAUUUUUAUUUUAUAAAAUUGUGCCCUCUAGAAAAGAAAUUACUUAAAAACGGGUCUGACAUUGAAUUUUUAAAGUAAGAAAUAUCAAUUCUCUAUCAUUAUACAUUUUAGUACAAAUCAAAAAAGUAAAAGUCUUCAAAAAACAUUAAUUAGAAUUGAAGCUUAUAGCUUUAAAUCUAAUUACAAUUUAUGAUGAUAUCAUACUUAAAAACAUAGUUUAAAAGACAACUUUAUAAAAUACACCAGUCUUUCAAAAUACCUACAUUAUCUGCUUCAAUAUUAUACAAACAUGUGUGAGAUAAACAAUUUGUAAGCAGUGGGGAUUUUUCGCCAUUUUUUUAUUGGCUAAAUUAAGACAUAUUCCCCUUCUUUGAUAUAUUACUACUUUCAGGGAUUUCACUUCAAGCUACAAUAUAGGACAAUAUAGUACUUGGUAGCUAGGUGAAAUACUGUGUUACAUAUUAUAGGCCAUCUGACAGCAACUUUCAGUUAUUUCGUAUUCAUUCCUUUCUAACUUAUACGGUACCCACCUUCUUAAAGAAGUGACCCAACUUUUUUCAAACAAAAUGAAAUGCCCUGAUCUUUGAUACAUGUAUAUUGAAAAAGUACAUAAUGUAGGUGCAAAAACACUUGCCAUCA